AUUCUAAUGCAUUAAUCACGCCAUUAUCGUCUCCCGCGAUGCCGAAGUUCGCUCUCUCUCGCUCAUCCACUUUUGCCUCUUCCCGCACUACUCGCUUCUAUCGAUUUCGCUCGAACAGCUCAAGAUGCGCGUCUUCUCACUCUCAAAUCCGCCAUGAUAUUCCUCGCUCACCGUCACCUCAAGCCCAUCUUCCUCUCCUACCCUCUCAAUCAGGGCCUGGAUUCAGCUUCAAAUACUCGCUCACAGACGACCUUACUCCUCCAAACGACCACAAACCCCCCGAUGAGCGGAUCAUAAAGCUUGGAAAGACUCUACGAAUCCUCUCGCCUCUCCUCCCGACGAUUCUCACGAACCCUCUUCCCCCACACAUACUCUCUCCCAACGUAACCCUCCACCUCUUUCCCUCGACGCACCCGCAUCUGCCCACCGUCAAGGGCCGCACUCUCUACCGCGCCGCUUUAUGGGCUGUACCUGUAGCCUGGAGCAGUGUCCCGCUGGUCGGAAACGUGAAGCUGCAAAUUCUCAGCGAGAGGAUCGUGCGUGGCGGGAUAGUUCCAGAUCCACAGGUGGACACGGCGCAUGGAACACAAGCCAAAAAUGGGGAUUGCGGUGAUGAGAGGCUUGUAGUGCGCUGGCGGACGGAGAAGCCGAACUCUCAUUCAUCUUCGUCUUCAUCUAAAUCCGAGACUUCAACAUUAUCAACUGCAUCUUCAUCCCCUCUGAAGCGAGAUCCGAAAACCGGCGACGAAUCCAAGACAAACACGAACAAAGGCCUGAGCGUUCUUCUUGGUGGGGAUGCUCCGAUCUUCAAACUUUCGCGCGACGACCAGUUCACUGGCCUCUUUAUAUUCUCUUUCGAUGAAGAAGGCCGUGUUCUGACGCAGACAAUCGAGCAUGCGGAGGACGCAGGUGGCUGGGAGCGCACGGCGAAAUUUGUCACUCUCACAGAUUGGCUGAUUGGGAAGGCGAGGGGAUCGUUGGAUACGCCACAACCGGCCGGGUUGUGCUGUUCUGGUACUGGGCAGGAUCCUGGUCAUGGUCGAGAGGGCCGGUGGCGAAGUGAUGAGGCUGAAAAGAUAAGGAUCUCGGGGGCGUCUGGAUCUUCGUUAUAA